GUCGUGGAACUCAUUUCAAGUGCUAUCGGUGACUUAGUUCAAGGUAUAUAUUAUGAAAACUCAAAAUCAUCUGAGAACUGUCUUACAGAUGACAUCGGCAUAUCUACAUGGAAGGAGCAGGUUUUCCUGUCACACAGUGCCUUGCUGGCAAAGAGCUGCCAGGCUGCGAUGGAGCUAGCAAAGCACAACGCUGAGAUUCAGGACAUGGCAUUUCAGUAUGGAAAGCACAUGUCUCUGAGUCAUAAGCUACAUUUGGAUCUUCAGCCAUUUGUUAAAGAAAGUUCUAGUGAUGCCAUGGCCUUCAGUUUGAAUUCUGCUCCUGCAGUCCUGCAUCAGGAAUUCCUUGGAAGGGAGGCAUGGAUUAAACAAAUCAGAGAGGCACAAGAAAAAGGAAACAUAAUGGACUACAAGAAGCUGCGGGAAGAGAUCAAGGCCGGCAGAGGUGUGACUUCUGCCAUCGACCUCUGCCGCUGCCAUGGGAACAGAGCGCUGGCGGCCCUGGAGCGCUUCCCUCCCUCUGAGGCCAGGGCCGCCUUGGCCAACAUCGUCGACGCCGUGACCAGGUUUCCCUGA